CUUUCCCAAGCCUCAGCUUCUGCUUUUGAGAAACGGGCUUAGUAACCGUGCUUACAGGGGUCGUUGAGAAGGUCACAACUCGGGCCGGGCACGUGGGAAGCACAGGGACACCCCCCGGGGGGUGGGGGAACCUCACCCCAUGCCCCAUUCGUGCGCAGUCAGGCCUCGCCCUAGACCCACGAACGCCAGAAACUAGGGGAGGGGGUGCGACGAAUAACGUGCGACCAGGGCCAGAGACCAGACUCUGGACGCCUGGGUGAGGAGUUCUUCGUACCUAAGUCGCCUCUGACUCCCACCCAGCGACUUUUAUUUGCCCUAGACGGUGCUUUUAGAAGUUGCCAACAUUUAAAAACCGACAGGUUUCAUAUGUUCGAAACUGCUUAUGUAGAGUUCCUUCUGAAAAAGCAGAAGACCUAGCCACAUAGAGUUUUUCCCGUCAUAGCAUUUUUUGCACAAGGUACAAGUACCUUAUUUAUUGUUCUCUGCCGUGCUGACAUGUUCCUGUCUGGGCGGGAGCCACAGGAGACGCUGUGCGUCUGCUCUUGUUUUUGCUGGGAUGGUAGCUUUGAGAAGUCUGUGGAUUCUUUGGCCAAGUCUCUAUGAAAAAUGAGAAGCCUCCUCAGAGACUUCACCUGUGGGAGGAGAAUAAUCCCUCCCUCUCCCACCUGUGAGCGGAUAAGGUCCAUCUGAGUGACAGGGGCUGGCCUUCCCUGCCCGACCCCACCCCCACCCUGGGGUGUGGGGGGGGGUCCCCUUAGAGAUCUGAACAGCCAGGCAAGAUUCAGGCCGGGGUAGUGGCACUGUAAAAUUUUCCAAAGCCCUUGUGCCAUUCAGGUGUAGAGGGAGGAAGGUGUUCUUGGGAGCCGCUGACUAUUACUGACGAGCGUUUUUGCUCUAACGAUAGGGAAGUAAUGAUGUCCGCCUGGUGCUAAAGGCUUGCCUUGUACUAACUCAGACCUUCCGGCCCUGCUGAGGCUGGGACAGUCAUUCGCUCCUCUUAGGACUCUCCAGCUAGCCACUGCAGGCCAGGAUUGAACCCCCGGGCAGUCUUGCUCAGGGUCCCUCAAUCAGCUUUGCAGUCUGAGCAUGUCAAAAUGGGCUCUGGCCUGAUGCCCCAACCAGGAUGGAGAGGCAGGUCCUCCUCGCUGCGGUGUCUUAUCACAUCUGGCUUCCAGGUCAACGCCUGUGGGCAACCCCUGCCUCCCCCGCCUCCCCGCCUUUCCCACCAGCCAUGGCCCUGGUCAGCAUCAACGAGCUGCCCGAGAACAUUCUGCUGGAGGUGUUCACGCACGCGCCCGCCCGCCAGCUGCUGCGCUGUCGCCUGGUCUGCAGCCUCUGGAGAGACCUCAUUGACCUGAUGACACUCUGGAAGCGAAAGUGCCUGCGGGAGGGCUUCAUCAACGAGGACUGGGACCAGCCCGUGGCCGACUGGAAGGUCUUCUACUUCCUGUGCAGCCUCCGCCGGAAUCUCCUGCGGAACCCGUGUGCGGAAGAGGAUCUGACAUCCUGGCAAAUUGAUUCCAAUGGCGGAGACAAGUGGAAGGUAGAGAGCCUCCCUGGAGACCAUGGGACAGAUUUUCCAGACUCCAAAGUCAAGAAGUACUUUGUCACAUCUUUUGGCCUGUGCCUCAAGUCCCAGCUGGUGGACCUCAAGGCCGAGGGCUACUGGGAAGAUCUGCUAGACACGUUCCGGCCUGAAAUCGAGGUUAAGGACUGGUUCGCCGCCAGAGCCGACUGUGGCUGCACGUACCACAUCCGAGUGCAGCUGGUCUCAGAAAACUACAUCGUCCUGGCCUCCUUCGAGCCCCCGCCUGUGACCAUUGAUCAGUGGAACAAUGCCGAGUGGACAGAGGUGUCCCACACUUUCUCGGAUUACCCGUCAGGGGUCCGCCACAUCCUCUUCCAGCACGGCGGCAAGGACACCCAGUUCUGGGCAGGCUGGUACGGGCCCCGUGUCACCAACAGCAGCAUCAUCAUCACCCCUAAGAUGACCAGGGACCGGGGGCCCCUCCACGGCUCAGCCUGAGACCCUGUAGGGGCAGGAGAAGGCUGCCCACCUGCCCUCCUCACUUCAUCUGCACGGGCCCUUCUGACAGUCUGACAUCCGCUGGCCGUUCAGCCAUCCUCUCUCUGGGCCGCUCGACUUCCGGAGGUCCCCUCCGGCUGAGCCUGCAGUGGGCAGUGAGGGCCCCUACCCUGGGAGCCCCUACCCCAGUUCCAACCUUGGGCAAGCCCAGCAGUUUGUGGCAACUCCCUGUCAUAUACUCUGACAUUUCAUGACAAUAAAUAUUUUCAGUAAAACCA